AUCCCUUCAGACCCAGGUUAUUAAGUGAAUUGCUUGACCUUCCUUACAACGCGGCGGAGAUGGAAUACCUAAGAAAAUAUUGCAAAAAGGAAAAUCUUCUUGGUACCAAAGACUUUCUUGUUAUGUUUGAUCUUCAUCAUGGAAGACUUGCAGAAGCAAUCAAACUUCACGAGAAGAUGGUUAGUGAUACAUCAAUACCAAGGAUACCAAAACUUUUUGCCAAGAGAAGCAGACUCGUUAGCGAAAUUAAAGAUAGGUUACCGCCUUCUGUGUUGACAGACAUAGAAAAGGAGUUGGCAAUGGCUGAACGUGAGGAAUGCCGAAAUGAAGAGGAACUGCAAUGUACCUAUACAGAGGAUUAUUUCUAUCUCCCGGCGUCUUCUUCGUCAAUCGGAACACCUCUUCAAACAAGCCCACGACUACCCAGAAAUUUACCGUUUUCCCUCCAUUCAGAAACACAAGAAAGACAAAAGACACCCUGUCCAUCACCGUCGGCGACAAUAACGCAAGAAUCGAGAUCGGUUACUCAGACUCCUGUCACUCCAUCGCGUAAACGACGAGGAAGAAGAUGGGAUGUACGUAUUGCACAUGAUUACAAUUCCACGGCUGUUCAACGACUCAACAAUCAAAACAUCUCUUCAAACGGCCCAUCACUUGGAAGCAAGCUUCCUAGAUCGAAGAGGAAGAAACGUGGUAUUAGACAAGGACCCAAAAUUUCCACAUCACAUGUCAUUAAUCCUGACGCCAUCGACAUCGAACUAACUGACGAGGAGGAAGAUGGAAAGACUCCCAACACAAUCAUCACCUCUUCAAACGACCAAACGGCUGUCCAACCACUCAACAAUCAAAACAACUCUUCAAACGAUUCCUCAACUGACCAACCGAUCACCAAUAAAAGCAACUCUUCAAACGACCAAACGGCUGUCCAACCACUCAACAAUCAAAACAACUCUUCAAACGAUUCUGCAACUGACCAACCGAUCACCAAUCAAAGCAACUCUUCAAACGAACCCCCACCUAAAGACGAGAUCACCGGAUCGACGAGGGAGACACUCGUUGUUGGACAAGGACCUGGCACCAUCGAUAUCGAAUUAGCUAAUAAUAUUGAUAUUUCUGAAUUAUUCGAUGACUUUUAUGAUCGGGAUUGCGAAAUGGGUUUGACCAAUUGCGAUACACCUCGUCCCGAUAAUGACGCGCAAAAAUUCGAAGUGUUAUGUCAGAGCAAUUUAUUGGAUGCUUUAAUGUCGCAG